AAUGUGCCAGAAUAAUUGGAUUUAUUUGGAAUCAAUAUUUUCCGCUCCUGACAUACAAAGACAACUUCCAAAUGAAGCUUCAUUGUUUAGUCAAGUAAAUAGUUCAUGGAAGGCAAUAAUGCUGAGAGCUGAAAAGAAUCCUUUGGCUAUAAGCACCUGUACCGAUACUGAUCUCCUGAAAUCUCUCAAAAAAAAUAAUGAACAAUUAGAACAAAUCAUGUUAUAUUUAGAAGCAUAUUUAGAAUCAAAGAGAGUUAUAUUUCCACGGUUUUAUUUCCUGUCAAAUGAUGAGCUCAUAGAAAUAAUUGCUCAAGCACGAAAUACUAGAGCUGUACAGCCACAUAUGAACAAAUGUUUCGACGCCAUUUGGAGAAUACAGUUUAAAAACGACGAUAAGGAAGGAAAUCCAUUAAACCCAGAUGAAGAAGAUAGUUCACCUACCAACAUUAUUUCCAUGAUAUCACCUGAAAGAGAAAUCGUCAAGUUUGCAUUACUGGUUAAAGCAACUGGAAACGUUGAAUUUUGGCUAACAAGGGUAGAAAAAGAGAUGGUAAAUACAUUGCGGACACUCAUGUUCAUAGCCAUGGGAGAUUAUGACAAAAAUCCUAGAGAAACAUGGGUUUUAGGACACGCUGCUCAGCUAAUAAUUGCAGUAUCUCAGAUGAAGUGGUGUCGUGACGUCCACAAAAUCUUUAAGAUUAACUCUAAUAUACAAGAAAAAUUGGUUGAAUUUGAACAAAAAUGUUUUAAAUUAAGUAUCUCUGACUUAAAUAAUUUAGCGGCUAUGGUUCGAGGACGUUUAACUACACUUCAACGUUCCGUAAUUUGCGCAUUGAUUACGAUAGAUGUUCACGCGAGGGAUAUAAUAUCAACUAUGGUAGUCCGUAAAAUCAACAGUGAUUUAAAUUUUGAAUGGCUAAAACAGCUUCGUUAUUAUUGGGAUACUGUGGAUGGUUGUGUUGCGUGCAUGGCCAAUGCUCGUUGGCUAUAUGCAUUUGAAUACCUUGGUGCAUCUCCUAGAUUAGUGAUCACACCGUUAACUGAUAAAUGUUACUUGUGCUUGAUGGGUGCACUUCAGUUAAAUUUAGGUGGAGCACCAGCUGGACCUGCGGGCACUGGAAAAACCGAGACAACCAAGGACCUUGCAAAAGCAUUAGCUACACAAUGCGUAGUGUUUAACUGUUCUGAUGGUUUAGAUUAUAAGAUGAUGGGUAAAUUCUUCGCUGGCUUGGCUCAAUCAGGAGCGUGGUGUUGUUUUGACGAAUUCAACCGUAUAGAAAUUGAAGUGCUAUCGGUCAUCGCGCAACAAUUGAUCACUAUUAUGAAUGCAAAAUUGAGUAAUGCCACUAAGUUCAUGUUUGAAGGUCGAGAGAUUAGACUUGUGAAAACUUGUGCAGCAUUCAUAACAAUGAAUCCAGGAUAUGCCGGAAGAAGUGAAUUGCCAGAUAACUUACAAGCUUUAUUUAGACCAAUGGCAAUGAUGGUACCAGACUAUGGAUUAAUUGCUGAGGUUAUAUUGUAUUCCGAAGGUUUUGAGUCAUCAAAAAUGUUGUCUCAAAAAAUGGUAAAAAUGUAUAAAUUGUGUAGUGAACAACUUUCUAUUCAGGAUCACUAUGAUUUUGGAAUGAGGGCUGUAAAAAGCGUUUUAGUAAUGGCAGGUUCAUUAAAACGACAAAACCCUUUCAUCAACGAAGAUUUAGUAUUAAUUAGAGCUCUGAGAGAUAGUAAUUUGCCAAAAUUCCUAAAAGAAGACGCUAUACUAUUCCAGGGUAUAUUAAACGAUCUAUUUCCUGGAAUUGUCUUACCAGAACAAGAUUAUGGAAUGUUCCUAUCUACAGCCAAAAGUGUGAUGGAAAAUUAUGGCUUUCAAAUUGAAGAGUGUAUUUAUGUAAAAGUUAUACAGCUGUUAGAGACCAUAAUUGUACGGCAUGGUAUCAUGACUGUUGGUCCGACCGGUGGUGGAAAGACCAGUGUUUUAAAAAUACUUAGUAAAACAUUAACAGAACUUUACAAUAAUAAAAUAGAAGAACAAUAUUAUAGACCUGUGAAAAUGUACCAACUAAAUCCCAAAGCUAUAACUAUGAGUGAACUUUACGGUGAAGUAAAUCUCCUUACGAUGGAAUGGAGAGAUGGAUUACUCGGAAAGUUUGUAAGAGAAACUGUUCAAACAACAAAAGAAAUAUUUCAAUGGGUGGUGUGUGACGGCCCUGUAGAUGCAAUAUGGAUCGAGAACCUUAAUACUGUACUUGAUGAUAACAAGCUCUUAUGUCUAGCUAAUUCAGAGCGCAUCAAAUUGAGCUCUUGGGUAGGGCUUAUAAUAAAUUAUUUCUUUUUUGGUGACUUGUCACAAGCGUCACCCGCCACAGUUAGUAGAUGUGGAAUGGUUUACAUAGACGCAGCUGAAUUAGGAUGGUUACCAUACGUGCGCUCGUGGAUAAAUAGAUUAAAAAAUGACGCAAUUCAAAAUAGGCCUGAAAUAAAAAAAUAUCUGUUAACACUAUUCGAAACUUAUGUCUACGAAGGUUUUUCAUUUAUUAAAAAGCAUUGUCUGGCUCCAAUUAUACAGGUUGAAAUUAGUAAAGUGACUAUGAUGUGUACUAUUAUUGAAUCUCUAUUCAGCGACCCUGAUAGUUUUGAUGCAGAAACAGAAAAUUCAAAAGUUCUAAAUUAUAUUUGCCAAUCAUUUAUAUUUUCGUAUUUGUGGUCAUUGGGAUCAAAUUUAGUCGAUUAUUCUCAAAAUAAAUUUGAAAGUUUAGUUUUUAAUCAAUUUGAAAACCACUCAGAAUUUUCAAUUUCACCUGGAAUUAAAUUAUUUGAUGUGUACCUAAACACGGUAACUAAAUCAUUUGAAAAAUGGGAUUCAAUUGUUCCAAAAUUUGUAUAUAGUGCAGAUACACCUUAUUUUGAGUUACUAGUUCCUACAGUAGAUAGCAUUCGAUAUGCAUAUGUAAUGCAAAGACUAGUGCAAAUGAACCAACCAGUAAUGAUAACUGGAACAACAGGGGUGGGAAAAACUUCAGUUGCAAAUUUAGUUAUGCAAAAUUUGGCAACCGCGGGUGAUUGGAUAACCGGAAUAAUUAAUUUUUCUGCACAAACUAGUAGUAAUAGAACUCAAGAAAUAUUAGAAUCAAAAUUGGUGAAGAAAAAACGGAAUCGUUUUGGUGCACCAGGAAAUAAACGUUUAGCGAUUUUUAUCGAUGACGUCAACAUGCCGAAACCUGAAGUCUAUGGAGCUCAACCACCUAUUGAAUUACUAAGACAACUUUUGGAUUGUGGGGGCAUGUAUGACCGAGAUAAGUUGGAUUGGAAAUAUAUAGAAAAUGUAAUAUUAUGUACUAUUUGUGCACCUCCGGGUGGAGGUAGAAAUCCAUUGACUCCGAGAUUCACAAGACAUUUUUCUAUGAUGUUCAUACCAACUACAAGCGAAAAUGCUAUGAGAACUAUAUUUUCAUCCAUUUUGGACGGUUUUUUUGAAGAAUUCCCACCAGUAAUAGCUAAUUCGUGUCCAGAAAUAGUAGAAGCUAGUAUUGAUGUAUAUUUACGUAUUUCGGAAGAUCUAUUACCUACUCCAGCAAAGUCGCAUUAUGUAUUUAAUCUCAGAGACUUAUCAAAGACCAUACAAGGAGUAUUGCAAGCAGAUUUCGUCACAAUACCAGAUCGAAAACAUUUAUUCAGACUAUGGUAUCAUGAAACAUUGCGUGUGUACCAUGAUCGUUUAGUUUGUCAAGAAGAUAGAUCAUAUUUUCACAAUCUUUUACAAAACGUGUGUAAUCGUUAUUUCGAAACAAAAGUGUUAGAAUUUUCAAAAUCUGACAUAAAUCUAACACGGCCUCCUAUGUUAGUAUUUGGUGAUUUCAUGAACUCAAGUUCCAAUGAGAAUCGAAUUUAUGAAGAAAUAACCGAUAUUGUUAAAUUAAAAAAAGUUUUGACUGAAAAUUUAAUGGAUUUUAAUAUGGUAUAUAAUAAAGAUAUGAAUAUCAUAUUUUUUAUGGAUGCCAUCGAGCACAUAACUCGUAUAGCAAGGAUAUUGAGAUCUGAAAGAGGAAAUGCUUUACUUGUUGGAGUUAGUGGUAUGGGCAAACAAUCACUGACUAAAUUGGCAUCACAUAUUAAUAAUUACAAAUGUUUUCAGAUAGAGCUAACAAAAUCGUAUGACCAUAGUGCUUUCCACGAAGAUUUAGUUAAUGUUUAUUAUAAAGCUGGUGCAAAAUUCGAAGACACAACGUUCUUAUUCACAGACAAUCAAAUCGUACAAGAAGUAUUUUUGGAAGAUAUAAACAAUAUUUUAAACUCAGGGGAAGUACCAAAUCUGUUUAAACAUGAUGACCUGGAGAAGGUAAUUAUUGCCUGUCGAUCAGCAGCUACAGAAUCAGGAAUCAGUAGUGAAAACCGUGACGCAAUAUUCAGAUACUUUAUACAAAGAGUACGCUCUAAACUUCAUCUCGUAAUAUCUAUGAGCCCAAUUGGUGAUGCGUUUAGACGAAGAUGCCGUUUGUUUCCUUCAUUAGUAAACAACUCAACGAUAGAUUGGUUUGAUGACUGGCCAAAAGAAGCUCUUUUAUCUGUAGCAUAUAACAGCUUAGGGAUGUUUUCGCAAACAGGAAAUUUAAACUUGAUUAAUAAUCUAACAAACAUUUGUAACAGUAUGCAUGAAUCAGUUAGCGAAGCGACAAAAAAGUUUUACGAACAAAUGAGAAGAUACUACUAUGUAACACCGAAAAGUUACUUGGAAUUUUUAAAACUGUACUUAAAAAUGCAUGAAUUUCAAACCAAUAAGAUCAAAAGUGAAUCUGACCGUAUUUCAAAAGGGUUGGGAAAAUUGUAUGAAACUUUCAAUAUGGUAGGAGAUAUGAAAAAUAGAUUAAAAGCAAUGGAACCAAUACUAUUUGAGAAAAACGAAGCUUCAUUGAAACUAAUGGAAAAUCUAACAAUUGAAAAAGCAGGCGUAGAUACAGUGCGAGAAGUAGUGCUUGUAGAAGAAGCAGCAGCAAAAAUUAAAGCUGAUGCUGCACAAGCAAUUGCUGAAGAUGCACAGAAAGAUUUAGCCUUAGCUAUGCCAGCAAUGAUAGCAGCUAAAGCAGCUUUAGAGGCCCUAAACAAAAAAGAUAUAAAUGAACUAAGAGUGUUUAAUAAGCCUCCUAAACUUGUUCAUACUGUUAUGGAAGCUGUAUGUCUAUUGUUGGAAAAAAAAACUGAUUGGGCUUCAGCUAAAUUAGUAUUAGGAGACAGCAAUUUCCUAAAAACUCUACAAGAAUAUGAUACAGAUAACAUAUCAGACAAAAUGAUUAAUCAACUUAAGCCUUACAUAGACAAUCCGGAAUUUGUUCCAAAAAAAGUAGCUUAUCAAUCCGGAGUGGCAAAAUCAAUGUGUAUGUGGGUUCGAGCCGUAUACAGUUAUUCUUUAAUAUUUCGAAUAGUUGAACCGAAAAGAAAGAAACAACAAGAAGCUGAAGGUGAACUUAAUAUUGUAUUAAGAGAGCUACGAGCAAAGCAACAAAUGUUAGCUGACGUCCAAGCACGUUUAAAAAAACUUGAAGAUACUUACAACGAAAGUGUUUCGGAAAAAAACAAACUUGAACUAAACAUAAGUAAAACACAAUCGCGAUUAAAUAGAUCCGAUUUACUUGUUGAAGCUUUGAGUGACGAACAGCUAAGAUGGGAAAAUAAUAUACAAAUGCUUUCUCAGCGUUUAUUGACAGUGACUGGUGACACUAUAAUAGCAGCCGGGAGUGUUAACUAUUUGGGGCCUUUCACAGACGAAUAUCGUAAAGAUAUAACUCAUUUGUGGCUACAACAAUUGACACAAUAUGAAAUAAAACACUCGGCAAAUUACUCAUUGAGUUCUGUACUAAUCGAUUCGUUUGAGUUACGUUCGUGGAAUAUGUGUGGCCUCCCUAGAGAUUUGGUUUCAACAGACAGUGCGAUAAUCGUGACCAGAGCAAGCCGAUGGCCACUGAUGAUAGAUCCCCAAGAACAGGCAAACAAAUGGAUCAAGGCCUUGGAAUCAGACAAUUCACUGAAAACAUGCAAAGGUACGGAUUCAGACGUCAUGAACAUAAUCGUUGAUGCGGUAAGACUGGGGUACACGGUUUUGAUCGAAGGUCUCGAAGAACACAUUGAUCCCACAUUGAGACCCAUAUUGGAGAACAUAACAUUUACACGAGGUGGGCGGCUGUUAAUGCGUAUUGGUAAUACAGACAUUGAAUAUGACGAUCAGUUCAGAUUCUACAUGACAACCAAAAUGUCUAAUCCACAUUAUUUACCAGACAUAUGUAUACAAGUUACACUAGUAAAUUUUACUGUUACACCUUCAGGCUUAGAAGAUCAGUUAUUAGUAGACGUUGUGCGAUUAGAAAUGCCCGAUUUAGAAGCAAAGCGGACUGAAACAAUUGUGAGUAUAAACGACGACAAUAAUUUAUUGAAAGAAAUGGAAGACAAGACGUUGAGAAUGCUCAAUAUGUCAAAAGGAAAUAUACUGGACGAUGAAGAACUCAUCGAAACACUUAAUAACAGCAAGGAUACGUCUAUUAUCAUCGCCGGGCGUUUAAUAGACGCAGAAGAAACGGAACAGUACAUCGGUAUCGCACGUGAGCGUUAUCGAGUGGUAGCUAAACGAGGAUCAUGCCUUUAUUUUGUUGUAGCUCAGCUUUCUGAAAUUGACACUAUGUAUCAAUUCUCAUUAAAUUAUUUCAGUUCUAUAUUUUGCAAUGUGAUAAAGAACACUGACAAGAAAAUGAGAAUGGAUGUUAAAAUGCCCGCCAUGAUCGAAGAUAUUACACGGGCCAUUUAUACAAAUGUUUCUAGAGGCCUGUUUGAACGCCAUAAAUCAAUAUUCAGUUUCUUGAUCAGUGUCAGCAUAAAUUUGCAAUCGGGAAAAAUCACAAAUGACCAAUGGAACUUUUUAUUGCGUGGGCCCAUAGGAAAAGUAAAAAGAAAAAUGACUAUUAAGCCAGCGGUGUUUGGAUUGACAGAAGACAUUUGGAAAACUUUAAACUAUAUGUCUGAAACAUUUGCUACAUUUAAACAUCUUCCUGAAAACUGCACUGGGCCAAUACAAAUCUCACUAGGCGAAUUUAUUCAAGAUAUUCAUUUAGAUCACGAAAACAAUAACCUGGCAAUAAACUGGAAUACAAAAUUAAAUUCAUUUGAAAAACUUAUGAUUAUUAAAGCAUUCAAAGAAGAAAAAUUGAUUUUCGCAAUUACUAAUUACAUUAGCACUGAACUCGGAAAAACGUUUAUCGAAAGUCCAGGAGUUUCGCUUCAUGUAUUAUACAAUGACACGUCUUCAACCAUACCAUUGAUUUUUAUUCUUAGUCCUGGUUCAGAUCCAUUCGUAGCGUUUCAAAAAUUUGCAACGGAAUUCGGAAUGAUAGAUAAGUUACAUGCAAUAUCUUUGGGUCAGGGUCAAGGACCCGUUGCAGAAAAACUUAUAAAAUAUGGCCAAAAAGAAGGAUACUGGAUAUUUUUGCAAAACUGCCAUUUAGCUUCAUCAUGGAUGCUUCAAAUGGAAAAUUUAGUUCAAAAUCUAAUCGAAAAUCCAACAAAUAUUAAACCUGAAUUUAGGCUGUUUUUAAGUUCAAUGCCAUCAAAAAGUUUUCCUACGUUCGUCCUACAAAAUUCAUUAAAAGUCACAAACGAACCACCCAAAGGCUUAAGGGCAAAUAUGAAAAGAUCAUUUACAGACAUAAAUCGCAAAUUCUUCGAAAACAAUGAAUUCGGCUCUGAUUGGCGGAAAAUGGUAUUUGGGCUGUGUUUUUUCCACGCUAUCAUAUUGGAAAGAAAGAAAUUUGGGUCACUUGGGUGGAACAUAGCAUACUCGUUUACUGACAGUGACCGUGAAUGCGCUAAGCUAUUGUUGCAUAUGUAUUGCUUAAAUGCAAAAGAAAUACCUUGGGACGCUUUACAGUAUGUUACUGGUGAGAUAAAUUAUGGAGGCAGAGUUACCGAUUCUUGGGAUCAAAUAACAUUGAAAACGGUACUUUUGAAUUUCUUUGGUCCUCACACUCUCGAACCGGGCUAUAAAUACUCCAAGUCUGGUACUUACUAUUGUCCAGAAGAAGUGAAAUGCACCACUGUUGAUGAAUAUCAGCUAUUUAUUGAUAAACUACCGAUAAUUGAAGAACCGGAAAUAUUCGGAAUGCACGAAAAUGCGAACAUCGCGUAUCAAACUAAAGAAACACAAGAGACAUUAUUGACAAUCAUUGAAGCAUAUCCGAAAUCACUAACAGGCACUGCUGGUAAAUCAGACGAUGAAAUCGUUAUGGAAAUGGCCAUUGAUAUUUCUGAAAGACUUAUGAAUGCCAUAGACUUGAGUGAAGCUCAUUCCACAAUAAUGAAUACGGAUGAUAAAGGAAGAUUGCCUUCAUUAUCUACAGUACUGUCACAGGAGAUCGAACGAUUUAAUAAAUUACUUACUAUCAUUCAUAAUUCGUUAAAUGACUUAAGUAAGGCGAUCAAGGGGCUCGUGGUAAUGUCUGCAGAAUUGGAAGGAGUUUACUUAUCGUUCAUGAACAACAUGGUACCGAAAAUGUGGCUGGACAAAGCAUACCCCUCAUUGAAGGCUUUGGGUAGUUGGGUCAAAGACUUGGCACUUAGGCUAGAUUUUAUCAAUAUCUGGAUGAAGUUUGGUAGUCCUCCUUCGUACUGGAUAUCAGGUUUGUAUUUUCCACAAGGUUUCAUGACUGGAUGUCUACAGAGGCAUGCUAGAAAAUAUGCCAUACCCAUUGACAGUUUGAAAGUUGAUUUUGAGCUUACCCAAACCAUUCUGGUACAAGAAGAAAUCGCCGCUGUGCACGCGGCCACGGCGAAAGAAGAUAACAACGCUUACAAAGGCUUAAAAAAACUGGAAGACGGCGUUUAUGUGCACGGUCUGUAUCUGGACGCCGGCCGCAUCGACUUGACCACCGGCCUUUUGGUCGAUCCCACUCCCGGUGACCUUUAUCCUCCACUGCCCGCUAUACGGCUAGUACCCACUGUCAAUUUGGACGAACAAACUUUGAGGUACGAUUGCCCUCUGUAUAAAACUUCAGCCAGAGCUGGGGUUCUUUCGACCACUGGACAUAGUACUAAUUUUGUAAUUGCCGUAUUGUUGCCGACCGAAUUUCCGCAGAGCUAUUGGACCCUCAAAGGCACCGCUCUUAUCACACAAUUAACAAAUUGAUUGGUGUAAUAGUAUAUUAUUGUGUAUUUAUAUUGCGUUUGUUUACUUUAAACGCGCAACAAAUUAUAUAUAUAUAAUCAUUUUGUUUUAUUCUCUUACUAUAAAUUAUUUAUAAUGUAUUAUUAUAAUAUAUAAUCCAUUCGUUACCGAUAUUCUCGCAAGGGCUCUUAUUAUGUAAAUUUCAGAGGAGGGCCAAAGUUAAACUAAAUUUCGAAACUUAUUUAUAUCAUUUGAAAUAGGUAUAUGUACUUGGUUGGUUUUUCUUGAAAAAGUUUGAGAAAGAAAGAGUACGUAAUUACGUAAAAAUUAAGAGGAUUGGUGGCGGACAGUUUUAAAAGUGUUCAAAAUAAUCCAUUUUCAAAUUGCAUGCAUGUGGGUCUUGUAAAAUGUGUUCGUAUUCGUAGUAAAUGAUUAUUAGUGUGUGUGUGACCGUGUGUAAAUAGCGGAACACUUCCGCACACGCAUAUACAACUCAAUUACUUGGCGUUGCGUACGUGAAUGGUAAAUAAUUUAUGCUCAUUUGUAUGUGAUUUUUUUCCAUCCGAACUGAUCUGAAUUCGUUAUCAUGUCUACUUGAGAUCAAUCAGUCCCCAUUUUAAGAUUUCUGAUUCCAAAUAAUCGACGCUUUAAAAUUCCUAUAUUUUAGAAUAUUUAAACUAUAUUUAUAGGAAUUGCAAUAAGGGUUGAAAUUGGGAAAAGUGGACUGAUCGAUCUCAAGUAGACAUAAUAAUGAAUUCAAAUUAAUUAUAAAAAUAUUAUGUUAUAAAUACUAUGCUUUGGCUAAAAUAAUCGCCGCCAAACCACUUAAUUUC